UCUCUCUCUCUCGCUCUCGCUCUCUCUCUCUCUCCCCUAAAUCACGACCUAGUGGGAGGAGUGCAGGAGGGAGGGGGCGGAGCAAGGUUGGCUCGUUCGAAAAGGAAGCGUCAUAUGUUUAGGUUCCCGCGUGCAGGCGGCCGGGUGUCACGUGAGGGGCCAAAAUGGCGGUCUCAACGGAAGGUAAGAGGUGGUGGUGAGGAGAAGGUGAAGGUUUUUCCAGUUUUGCGAGUCUCUCUUCCACUGGCAUAUUAAUACUAUAAUUUGUGUCCACUUGCUUGUCUCUUACUGGGUGGGCGGGGUAUAAAUAACUAUUAUUAUUAAAUUAUUAUGAGUACGUGUGCAUAGGGUGGACCGAAGCUGUCGCAUGGGAACAAUCCUCACCGAAUACAGCGGGUAACUUUAUUCCUCAGAAAACCUGCUCCAGUUAGAGCUGAAAUGCUACUUAAGCGAAUUCCUCAGAUUUUUUCCUCAGAUCUGGAAAUAACUGUUGGGGUUUAUAUUCACAUUUGAUGCUCUGUUCAUCCAGUCAGGCUCUAAAGAGGCAUAGAACAGUGGCAGUGCGCCUCGUGUCUUGAAUGCACACGGUCCCAGUAAUAUCAGGCUCAGUCAGUAGAUCAUGAAACUCUUAAUCUCAGUCUUGGCUUUGAGUCCCGCAGUGAUUGGAAGCAUUUUGGUUGUUCUUCUAGGCACAGACUUGGAAGCCUCCCUGCUGAGCUUUGAAAAGUUGGACCGGGCUUCACCAGACCUCUGGCCUGAACAAUGUAAGUUGCACUCAAGUGGGAAAUGUGAAAAGGCAUGGAGGAUCUUUGGCGACUGUGAUAUUGCUCUGACUUACAACCUGCUGUUAGGAUGUUACUGACAGUGUCUGCAUGUUGAACAUAAACCUGUCUCAGAACAGUCUUCAAAAAUGCACCAUAGAGUGGUACUCAAUAGCCUCCCAAUAGUAGCAUCAUUCCUGGUUACAUGGACAUGGUGGCAGCAAGUUGGGGCUGUGUGGGCAUGUUGGCAGAUCCAGUCCAGAACUCCUACUGUUUUGCUUGUGUGGCCCCUAUCACUACUGUGUCUCUCACUCACACUGCCCCAGUUAGCAGCAACAGCACUGCUGUUGGGAGGGCAGUUGCCUGGUACUGUGCCAGUCGCUUCUGUGCACAUGCACAUUCAUUUACAUAGGCAUGCUCAUACACUUUUGUUUAGCAAACAUAACAAAUGUUUAGUUGAACUAACACGUUUUAACUAUUGUGUUUUCUAUCCUUUCGGUAUUUGUGUUUUCAAAGUGGUUUUAAAAAUACAUAUUGGCUAAUUGUGAGUAAGCACUUUAUUAUAGCCAAUCCAGUUUAAGGCUGCAGUCCUAUGCAGAAUUAGCUGGGAGUAAGCCUUACUUACUGUGAACUUUACUUCUCACUAGAGAGAAGUACAGGAUAUGUGUAUAGGAUUACACUCAAGGGCUCCAGGUGUGUGUUUCGAUGAUGGACCAAAGAGAAAUCAUUCAAAUUACUACUGAGCUGCAAAUGUUACAGAAGCAAAUAAUUAGUGUUGCAUUUGCACAGUCACAGAAUUCAACAUGAAUGUGAAGUAAUACAUGGUACAAAUGAAUAAUCAUUUUAUGCUGAAUAUCUCUAGCAAUUUAACUGGUGGAGUUAGCAACAGAAAUCAUAAAUUGCCCUUGAAGUUGUAGAGAAAGUUGUAGUCCAGUAACUGUUUCUGUUUUGUCUCCAGUACCAGGUGUUGCUGAAUUUGCAGCUUCUUUUAAAAGUGUAAGUAAUUUCUCACUUGGAUUGACAAUUCAAUACUAAACAUAUCUGCUCAGAAGUAAGCCCCUAUAAAUUCAGUAGGACUUAAGUCUAACCAUUAUUCACCUAGGCCCAUCAGUUUAUCACCCAGUGUUAUUCCCACUGUGUUGUUCAGAAACCUGAUAUAUUGCCCAAGCAGGCAAACACAUCCCAUUUCAUGCAAAAAGCUGACUAAGAACUAAUUCUAGACUUGGACAGAGCUGACCCAUCCAUUAGCCAGGGUAAACCAGCAGAUUUUAGGUCUCCAUUAAAGUAGAGCAAAUUGGUAUGUUUUUCACUUAUUAUAGUUUUUACACUGUUUUGUGGAGUUGUUGGCCUUCUCUGCCUGAGGCACCAAAGUGUCUUGGGCCAUCUCUGCAACUUGCAAAUUCUGGUUGUGUGUUUCUUCACUGGAAGCUUAGCAACCUGCCAUAUUCAAGGACAACUGAAAUGGCCUUUUUUGAAACUCCUUUUUUAAUAUAAAAAUAAAAAUCGAUCUCUUAAACUCAUGACACUUUAUGUCUUUUUUUCAGCCUGCUUCUUUUAUUUUUUUAGAAAAGCAAGUUUUGCAUUAUAUAUUUUUUAAUAUUUGCAACCAUGAGAACUUAAAAAAAAAAAAGGCUGGAUUUUUAGGGUGUCAUAAAAUAGGAAUCUGACCAGUGGGUCAUAAAGUGGUUGAUGAUAGUUAUAUUCUAUGUAAGUGUCAUGGAAAUGUAAAAUGUAAUAAUUUUCAUACUUCUGAGUUAGGAAUCUAUUGGUGUCUGGACACUGCAUGCUGAGUUUUGUUCUGUCUGCUACAUUAAAAUUGUAGUAAUUUUUUUGUAGUUUAUACAACAUUGUGUAGCUAUUUAGAACUUGACUGGUGAUUCUGUGUAGUCUGCAUGUGCCAGUGCUGAUAUAAUCUUAUUUGAAUUGUACUUCUAUGCUUACAAUGGGAAUAUUUUGCAAAAACAAUAUUUGCUAAUAUUUCUUAUUUACAUUUUAAUCCUGUUUUUCAAAGAAAAAUUAGCUUCGUUCUGCUUCCAGUUCUGCUUCCAGCAGCUAAACUCCAGUGUAAUUAACAAUUGCUAUGUAAUGCAAAAUGCUGUUGGGGAGUAGAUUUUGAUCUGGUUUUGUAUUCUGGCAUGAUAAAAGGGCUUCUGGCUCCUUCCUUCAUUCUGACAGCCUCAGCAAUGGUAAAUGGUAAAAUAAAAAAUGUGUGUGGUUAUUCAAAAACUCUACAACUAAUACUGCAACCUUAAUUCCACUUACCUGAGAGUAAGCCCCAUAGAAAACACAUUCUCUGUAUCAAAGUAGAGUGGAAUUUUAUGCAAUUUGGCAGCUGAGCCUAUUUUCUAUCAGCUGGUUCCAGAUAUUAGAAAUAUUUCCCAGUUUCUGUUUAUCAAAGACACAGGUAAUCACCAUUUUUCUAUAUAUGUGCGUGUAUUUUUUUUUUAAAUAGCCCAUCACCAGUUCUCCUCCCAAAUGGAUGGCUGAAUUAGAAAAUGAUGAUAUUGACAUGUUAAAAGGUGAGUUCCUGUCAAUGUUUGAGCACUUCAAAUGGCUGGAAUUAACAAGCCCAGUAUAGUUUGUCUUUAAAACUACACAAAUAGUUAAAUAUUUGUUUUUUAUCUUUUUAAGCUCUACUCAAGCAUUCAUCUGAAUGUAUGUGGGCAAAAGAUUGUGAUGGGGGGGACAGGGGUGCACACAUAAGCCCACCCCAGUGUCCCUGCACACACCUCAUUCACACCAGACCUUUCCAUGCUGGGAGGGAAAGCUUGAAGGGAAGAUUAAAGACUUUGGCCAAGGGUGUGACCAGCCAAUGUUCAUCAUGUAUCUGUGAUUCUGGAUCCAUUCAUUGAACCUCAGACUUGGAGAACAUCAUGCAAGAUAUUCUCCAAGUCCUUGAAAUACACCGGAGUAUUAAACCACUAAUGAAUUUCUGUAUGUAAUACUAGUUUCCAGAAUAGUAGUUGUUGUUGAUGUUGAUGAUGAUGAUGAUACAACAUUCUGGGAGUGAUAAAACCCUUCUUUGAAGUAUAUGUUUCAAUUUUUCUGUAUAACCAUUUUAAAUUUCAUGGUUAAUUAUUACUACAGUAUUAUUAAAUUUGUUACACAUACUUCACCAGCAGGUUGCAGGGCAUUUUUAAUUUUUCUUCAAUAAGCUUCUUACAUAGAUGCUUCAGAUCAGGCUAGAUGUAGGACUGGAUGUUGGAUUUGUAUAUCUAUAACAAUUUUUUGUCUACAUAGUCUUUAAACCAGCUCCAGUCAUGCAAGCUAAGCUUAAGGAUGUGGCGAGAGCAGUUUGUAGCCAUUUAAAUGGACUAGAGCAACACUAUGUGAAAAAGAAAGAGAAGAGCUGUAACCUUAGACAUAUUUGGACAAUAGUGUGCCAAAUACAUUUUGUAUAAUAGAAUAGUGACGAUACUAAAGAAACAACAAGAAGAGUCUUUGCUAGGAAUUUAUUUCAUGGCACAGCACAUCUUAAGCCACACUUCUUCUUUUUUAAGAGUUGGGGAGUCUCACCACAGCUAAUCUAAUGGAGAAAGUGAGAGGUCUGCAGAAUCUAGCAUACCAACUGGGACUAGACGAAUGUAAGUAGAUAGUUGCUAAGGUGUAUUAUGUUUAAAAACUGUAGGUCUGUUGCUUAAUUUUCUUAUAGAGCCAAACUUUACAUAUUCAGUAAGAACAUAUUCAAUAUUUCACUUGUGAGAAAUAAUACAAUAGCCAAGCAUGUAUGAUAUUGCGCUGUUAGUCUCCUGAAAAAUUAACAGUUUGGCGUGGCUGCAUCAGUAGUAGAAUAUCUCUACAAGCAGUUGCUGGGUUCCUACAACGAUUGUGUGUCUCAACGAUUUAGGUGGGAUGUUUCUCCUGUUUCUUCUGUGAACCUCUCUGAUGUUUUGUAAUAGUAACCCCAUAAGAUAACUGAAGUAUGAAUUCAGAGUACUUUGGAACACUUCUUACUUGAAGAUGAAAUUACUCUGUUAGGAUUAAGUACUGCCUUAUGAUAUGCAAGAUAAAUAAAUAAUUAUUUGAAUCAGUUUAUGAGAGUCACAACAAAAGCUAUCUUUAAGUAUCCUCUAGGUGGCAGCAAAAUGCUACCUAGAGAUAAUUGGUUCUCCGUGAUGUUUUUGUAGCUUUUUAGAUUUGGAUUGAGUUCUUUUGCGGGGUGGGAGUGUUAAUCGCUGAAUUAUUAUAUUGUACUGAAAAAUGAUAUCAGAAAGAUUGUCUCCAUGUAGUAAUGUUGAUGGUCCCUUAUUUUUGUGGAAAGGUUGAUAGAGAAAUUUCUACUGACUUUUUUUGAUUCUUCGUUAGCAGUUUGCAGGUUUAGGUGUUAUAAUUCUCAUGGUCAGUCAUUGCUCUCUCUUGAGAUUAGAUUGGAUAUUUUGCUGAGGAGACAAUUUAUUUAGGUAAUUCUAGAGUUCAAUUGGUUUUUAAGCUAUAAAUUUAUAGUUCCAUGUACUAAUAUUUCUCAUUAUAAAACUGUUGCCUUUCUUUGCUGCUCUGACAUUUAGAAUGUUCCUGCGUAUUGUAUAUGACCACCGAAAGCAAGCCAUAAGAAAAUUACCUUAGUAACUUAGUUUGUAACUUAUUAUGGUACUAUCCUGCUCAUUAGGAUCCUCUGUACAGUUAGGUAAUGGCACAAUCAAAUCUUAGUUUAAUAAGCAGAGAUAUGCACAAGCUUCAGACACCUACCUCCAACUGCUUUGUUCCUCCCUUUGCCCAAGCCAGAGAGCAGAUUAAACCAUGAUUUCUUGUUAACAUCUGAUUCAGGAAGCUGUAGAAAGACAGGAUAGGACAGAACUUUUAAGUUAUGGCUUCCAUAUCCUGGCUUGUUCAGGAAACCAGGAAACUUAACCAUAGUUUCCUGGUUUAUAUGUAAUAUGAAAUCACAGUUAAAUGCAUCUUCCUGGUUUGUUCAUUCGUGCAAAGGAUUAAGCAGAGUGAUUGCAUUCAGGUGCCUGAAGCUCAUGAAUAGUUUAAUAAGAUGAGAUGAGAUUUGAUUAUUCAAAUGUUACCAUUAAAUAACUUGUUUGGAGGAUCAUAACUCUUUACAUAGCAUUUAUAUACCACCUUUCAAUAAAGUUCUCCCGCUGGCUUACAAAAUAAAAACACUAAAAAUCCUAAAACAAAUAGCAAUAGCAGAGAGAAGACAAUUCAUCUCCUACAACUUGGUAGCAAGAGAAGGGGAUAAACAGGCCUCAUGAGAGAGGACAGUCUGUAGUACUGAAGCCAUCACAAAAAGGCCUCUUGGGUAUGUCAACCUGAUACGCAUCAAGGAUGCUGGCCAGCUAGCUGUCCACAGGCAAAAUCCAGCCCCCCAAGCACUUUUGCUGGGUCUCUGGUAGUUCUGUCAGAUUAUACUUGAGGUAUGCUAAAAAGUAAAAAUUCAGAGAAGCUCUGUUCUGCAAAGGCAGAUAUCUGUCGGUAACAGUCUAUGCCAGGGGUAGGCAACCUAAGGCCCGUGGGCCAGAUGCGGCCCAAUCGCCUUCUAAAUCCGGCCCGCGGACGGUCCUGGAAUCAGCGUGUUUUUACAUGAGUAGAAUGUGUCCUUUUAUUUAAAAUGCAUCUCUGGGUUAUUUGUGGGGCCUGCCUGGUGUUUUUGCAUGAGUAGAAUGUGUGCUUUUAUUAAAAAUGCAUCUCUGGGUUAUUUGUGGGGCAUAGGAAUUCGUUCAUUUUUUUAUUCAAAAUAUAGUCCGGCCCAACACAUGGUCUGAGGGAUGGUGGACCGGCCCAUGGCUGAAAAAGGUUGCUGACCCCUAGUCCAUGCACUGAAAAAUUGCUCAUAAAAAAUGGUUACAACGCACAUGCAAUGUUAGUGCUACCUCUAUAUAAGCAUGGUUCAAAUGCAGUGUUGGCCUUGUAAGGCCUGGGGCAUACCUAUACUAAGAUGGUCCCAAAACUCCGAGGGCAUCUGGCUGGCUAAAGCUGUUCUACAUUGAUAGCACCAAUGUUGCAACAAGCUCAGCACUGUCAAAAUUGUUGGUGGCUUUUCUGAUGGUAUGGGACCAGGCCACCGAAUAUUAGUCUCUAGUCCAUCAGCAGACUGUGAUCAACAUUCUGCCUCCCUUCUCUCUCCUCAUUCCCCACUUCCCACUCUGGUCAUGCUAUUGUGGGGUUUCACCUGUCAUAAGGUGGUCACUUUGUGUAGUAAGGUAUGGUUCUAUUCCCCAGACAACUAUCUGGAACAGAGUGAGUGCAAGAGUCUGAGCAUUCCUGGUUUAGGUCCUAGACUACUCCAGUACAUGAGAUGGAGUAAAUUCCAUUGCUGGGUCUUAUUGAGAGGUAUGUAAUGCUUGAUUGAGAUGGCUGUCAACCAACUGAUAGCUUCCAUACAGCCAUACAGUUUUAGGUGAGCCAUAAUAACAGAUCAGAUACCUUUUUUCAGAUCACGGAUAGCCAGUUGCAAUCUACAGGCAGCAUCAGGAAUGCAGCCAGUUAUCUAGUCCCUGUUAGGCUCAUUGUGUUGAGAAAAUAAUCUGAGGGUGAAGACAAAGCUGAGACUCUUCCAUGCUCAUAUUUAGGGCAGGACGGGGAGAGAAUGGCUAAAAUCAGUUGUUCCAGAAAGCAGCAGAGUGUGACUAGAAGAACCUUGUGUCUACGUUGCAUUAAAAAACAACCUGCUAGGAUCAUAUGUAGAACUUUCUUAUACCCUCCCAUCAGAUGUAUGGAUAAAUGUAGCAUGGUCAUAGGUUCUGAAACUUUCUAGUGUUGCCCUCCAUGUUCAUCUUGCUGAACAUGCCAUAAUGUAGCAUUGGGGACUCUCCAGGGUAUCAUGCAGGAGACAUUCUCCCAAUAUGGAGAUGUCAAGGACUGAAUCUGGGACUUACCAUGGAGGUUUAGCUCUUCCCCUCUGCAACAAUAGGUAUAAAAGCCUCUGAUUUGGGGUGCAGGCACUCUGUACAAUCUCAGAGGCACUACCAUUCCAUCGUGUGGUCCAAGGAUGAGCUCAGCACCAGUAGGGAACAUAGCAAGGUGCCUUAUACUGAGACAGCUCAUUCGUCCAUCAAAGACAGAAUUGUCUAGCCUACAUUGACUGAGAGCAACUCUCCAUAGGUUUCUCCCAGUCCUACUUGAAGAUGCUGGGGAUUGACCCUGGGUUGCUUCUUCUGCUUGCCACAGCUUUCUAUUGUGCUUGGCAUAUUUCAUUUUCCAGCACUCAAAAGCUGCCCACCAGAUCACGGGGCGGCCCUGCUAGAGCCCCUCUGAUUUUCAUCAUCCCACCUCAGAGGAGGAGCAAAAACACUGCCAUGCUGUGCAAAUACCAAUGGAUGGAAGAGAAGCCAGGCACAUAGGGUACUACCCAGGCUCACAAUCACUUCUGUCUGGAAGGAAAGGCCAGCCUUUCCAUAAGCCAUGGCUGAAGAGGCUCCUGCUCACUGGAAGAUUCCUGCAGAUCCUGAGAUCCAUGGAAGAAUCUGUCCCGCAUGAUUUUAAUGCAUCCAGGCUGCUGUUUCUGUAUAAUACAGUUGGUUUAUAUUUUGUAUUGAUCUCUUGUUUUAUGAUGCUUUUUAAAAAUGUUGCGCCUUGGGAUAACUCUGCAGCCCCCUGGUUAACAACCACUGAUCUGGACUACAGUGGUGCCUCGCAAGACGAAAUUAAUUCAUUCCGCGAAUUUUUCGUCUAGUGAAUUUUUCGUCUUGCGAAGCACAGUUUCCCAUAGGAAUGCAUUGAAAAUCAAUUAAUGCGUUCCUAUGGUCGAAAAAAGUCCAAACAAAGCCAAAUUUGGUACAACAAGAGUUUAUUAAGUGCUCUUUAAAGUCACACAUACUGUAAAGAGCAUUUCAAAAUUCAAACCCAGAAUUUUUUUAAAAAACAGCAGAGAGGCCCAAUGGUCACAGAAAAUCAUAAAAAUGCAGGGGAAAAAACAAAAGCUUCCAGAUUCUUGCAAACCCCUCCCCAACUGUUCCCCCAGCCACCCAGCACACAGAAAUUCAAAUCCAGAAUUUUUUUAAAAAAACAGCAGAGUUCCCCAAUGGUCACAGAAAAUCAGAAAAAUGCAGGAAAAAAACACACAAGCUUCCAGAUUCUUGCAAACCCCUCCCCAACACCAAGUCCUUGAAUUCCAAACACCCCAACCCAAAAUCCAAACCACCCCAAAAAAGUUUUAAAAGCUUAACUUACCAAAUGGCUGCAAAAGAAGUUUUGGAAAAGCUUCAAAAAUCACCAAAGUCUUUAAAAACCUCAAAAAAGGCUACUAUGUACACUGCGUUCUAUGAGUUGCUCCUCGAAGUCAAGUCGCAACUGUAUUAACGGUGUUAAGAAAACCGAAACAAACUUGCAAGACGUUUUCGUCUUGUGAAGCAAGCCCAUAGGGAAAUUCGUCUUGCGAAGCAGCUCAAAAAAUGGAAAACCCUUUCGUCUAGCGAGUUUUCCGUCUUGCGAGGCAUUCGUCUUGUGGGGCACCACUGUAGUAGUUUAUACAACAUUGUGUAGCUAUUUAGAACUUGACUGGUGAUCUGCAUUUUUUGUACAGUGGUACCUCGGGUUAAGAACUUAAGUCGUUCUAGAGGUCUUUCUGGGUUAGCAGAGUCUGUAACCUGAAGCGCCUGUAACCCGAGGUACCACUAUUGCUAUUUGUGUAGUACAGCAUAAAAUGCAACCAAACCUCAAGUUUAAAUAAUAGAACAGUUGUGAUAUGCAGAGCAAUGGUUCAGAAAGAGCUGGUUUCACCUCGGAGAAUUGGCUUUAUUAAAUACAAAGCUACCAUCUGUUCUUGAGUGUAGUCAGAAUUACUUUAGCUAAAAUAAUUUGCAGCAAUGAUUAGACAACCAUGUAAAAUUUUACUUUAAAAUAUUUUAUGAUUGUCCUACACUUAAUGAAUUCAUCUGAUAUUAAUUUUGUAUUCCCUGAUAUGCACAAAGUAUCAUAAACCACAUCAAAAUUCAGAGUUGUUGGUUUUUGGUUUUGUUUUGCUACAAUGUUUUGCUACCAUGGUCAUGUAACUGUGUAAACUGUAGAACUUACUGUUUGAUACCUAGUCUCCAAGGAAAAUAACAAGCUGGCAUUUCGACAUUGGUUUGAAAGUGGGAGUGCUUUAUGAUGAACAGAGGGCUUAGAAGUUCUCCUGUAACUUGAUAACCGUGUUUAUGUAGGCUUUUGUGUAUGGAAGGUGUGGCUUCCUAGUAUGCCAUGAAAGAGAAUUCUAGAAGCCCACAUGGGGUUGCAUCCUGACUAAGUUAGUUGAACAUGAGGCCCAUUGAAAUCUGUGAAACAAAUUAGUCACGAUUUGACUUGCAUUCCAUUUAUUUAAACUAAUUUAGUGUGGAUCCAACCCAUGUACAGUACUUAUUUUGUGUUGUGUUAUUGCCAAAUUGCUGGCUUCUUUUGGAAUGAACAUGGAUGUUCUGCAGGUUCUAUGGUUUGCUUCUUGUGUUUCAUCUGGUACUCAGAAAAGAUAUAUUGACUCCAAAAUGUGUAUGUAAUGUGGCAAACAAUAUAAACUUCAGGUUUCUCCUUUAAAGUCUCUGGCAGCAGGCCGCGGCUUCAUUGGCUUAGGGGCAUGGAAACAUACGCAUCGGUCUCUUGCCUACACAUUUCAAGAGAAAUUUCCAUGUAUGUAUACAUGGGAUCAGAGCACAGAGAGAUGCUAGAAGAUUGUAGUCCUACUUUCCACACAUAGUCGUGGGAAUCUAGAAAUAAUUUAGUAGUAAGAAGAAAUAAGAAGCUGCUGCUAGAUCAAGUUGUUGCUGGUAGGAAGCCUACAAAAGCAGGACCUGAGUACAGCAGCACUUUCGCAGCCUGCAGUUGCUAGCUGGGAACAGCUUUUGCAAGGAAAUAGACUGCACUGUGGGCCAGGCAUGUCCAGAAUCUGUUUUGGGGGCCCAAAGUCCAUUUCAGGGACCCAAUCUAGACUGCCAGUCGAUUUAAUUCGGCCCCCAUGGUAGUAUAUGUCCUAGGGUAAAAUCCCUAAAAAAGCUCAACAACUUUGGUCGGCCCUCACGCGUGUUCACUUCAUCAAAUCUGGCCCUCUGAAAAAAGUUUGGGCACCCUGCUGUAGGCUUCUGAGAAACUAAUCAGCUAUGGAGAGUACUUAGGUUUCCAGCACUCCUAGAUGUAUGUUAGACCUCACAGGCACUCACCCCAGUGCUCAGCCUGGGAUAUAUAUAUUUUUUCCAUACUUCAUUCUUUUUGAUCAUUCUAGGUCUCUUUUGACACACACUCGUGUGCUGUUCACAUGCAGAGGAACAAGACAUUCACCUUUGUCUUUGCUGCUCAUCACACAGCUUGGCUUGUUUACUCACUGUUGUGUUUUUUUGUUUUUUAUGUGUGAGUAUUUCAGUUUCUAAAAAGAGCCACCCAAAUACCAAUUUAAAAUUAGGAUGCACACAAGACCCUUGAAUGGGCUAAUUUUGACAUGUAAUAUUCUUAACUAUCUGCAGUCCACAGAUCAUGACCUCAACUUUUUAUCAUCGCUAUUGGAUUGUAUGCCAGUUUUAGAAGUGAAGGAGCUAUGGGAAGUUUUAAUUGUACCUGUGUGAUUUAUCCCCAGUCAGCUCUUUAAUUUCUUCUGGCUGUCUGAGGUUUCCGACAUGCUGUAAAUUUCACCAACUUUUUCAUUAUCUGCAAUUUCUUUAUGACUUGUGAAUCGGAGUGGAGAGAGAGUGUGGAUUUACAGCGGAUAUAAACAUGUCCAUAAAGUCUGUAUCUGUGUCAGUAAUUGUACUGCUGUCAGUGACUGUCCUGUUUUACAGGCCUCUCUUGGGGAAGGAACACACUUUGCUACUAGUGGCAGUGUAGUGUUCAUCCUUCGCUUUGCAUUAACUCACCAAGAGAUUAGGUUGUAAUAAUUGGGAUGGAAAUUGAGCUUAGAUAUUGGUCACUCAGCCCCUCUCUCUCUCUCUCUCUCUCUCUCUCUCUCUCUCUUUCUCUUCUUGCUCUUAGCUAAUGAAUAAGUGAGUGAAUUAUCCAGUAUUUGUUUGGAAGGAAAGGGAAAUGGACAGAUAGCUGCUUCAUGCUAAAAUGUGGUGCAGUCGACUAACAAUAUUAUAAAUGAUAGUGCUGUGCAUAUGUACAGAUUAGUUGCAUGUACCAUAAUAAACACUGUCUUUACCUGCCUCACCAGCGUUUCUAGAUUAACUAUUUCUUCUGAGGCAGUUAAUUACAUCCUAAUAAUCUCCAGCUGUUGAUGACUUUUUGUUGCCCACAGGAAGAGGUGUGGGGGCAAAGAGAGAGUAUUCUUUUAAAUGUCAAUAAAUGUGCCAGGUAUUUCUUGUUUACUCUCUUUACUUCAAGUAAAGUAGUUUGAUAAGCUGUAGAUUUUUUUGACAAGGGCAUUUUUGUGUGGCUUGUCUUUUAGUAUAUGGACUAUUAGGUGUUUGGUAUAGCAAAAUGCAUUUCAGACACUGGAAGAUUAUUCAUGAUGUCUUUGUGGAAUGUCUCAUUCACUUGUCAAAUACCCAGAAUGUGAGCCGGUUCCAGCACUUCUGAUAUAUAUGCCUGCCAAACAGAUUCAGACUGUGGAGAAUGAAAACUUAAAAUAAAGCCUUUUCGGGAAGUGUUUGGGUACAAAGGACUGUUCGAUAGCUCACUUCCUUUUGUUCAUGUCAGUGGAUGCUAACUUUAAAGCCUAUGGCACUUGCGUGGCAUCUUCUGGAAUUACAAGGGCAUGGUUCCCCAUUUAUAGUAAGUGUAAUUAUAUUUAAAUAGCUACCAAAAUCUGAUACGUGCAUGCACUUGACCUUAAAUAUAUAGAUAAGCACACUUCAUUUGAGUCUUGCAAACCCAACUUUAUACAAAUUCAUGGGAAGUUUCUAGUUCUUGAGUGUCACUCUGUCUAGAUUUGCACACAUUGAAAUGCUGUUUAUCUUGUAUUUUUAUGUUGUCAACCACCUUGAGAUCUACAGAGGAAGGGUGGCAUAUAAAUAUAAUCAUCAUCAUCACCAUCAUCGUCAUCAUCGUCCAUGGUCCAAACUACUUGGUUUGCCACGAUGGGCAGGAUAGAAAACAAACACCUGGCAAAUUGUAACAGUUGGCUGUUGUGUGCAUGUCUCUCUAGGCUUGUUCACACAUUUCACUGAACAAGGGUACCAAUUAUCUCUACACAUGUUCUGUACAGCUAAACUAUUGUGUACACAGACUGUGCUCUGCUGCAUUAUUAAAAAAACUAUUUGUGUACACAGAUUGUACACUCAUUGAAUGCAACGUGCGAACACGCUCAAAUAUUCUGCACUGUUUUAUUUAAUGAAGUUAUUGUUACACAUACACCAGACUGUUUCUAAAGAGUUAGAAAUUGAGAAUCUGGAGUCUGUGUCUGAAAGCUUGGCCUUUUAAAAGAAAUAAAAUAAAAUUGUUUUUUAGUUUUCAAAAGUUUACAUACUUCACCAUCAACAAUAUGUUUAAUUCAGGCCUGGCUUCUUUUGACCAUGAUAGAACUACAGUCAAACCUCGGUUUUCGAACGUUUCGGAAGUUGAACGGACUUCCGGAACAGAUUACGUUCGAAAAGCGAGGUUCCACUCUCAACUUUUCCACACUGGAAAAACUUCUAUCUUGAACUAGGAAUCAGCUAUCAUCCUUUGUCACACUUGCUUCUUUAUAUCAUACUGCAGGGUAUAUAUACAUAAAUAAACUUGCAACUAAAUUUUUACAUUAUAAUUUUCAAAAGUAGAAGACUUACAUUUUACUAAGUUGUGAUUAUAAACUUAGAUAAGACAGCUUGUAAUUAUAAGGUGAGACAGCUGGUGUUGUCCAAUUCCUUGCCCAUUGGACUUGGGUCUGGGUUUAACACCUGCCUCUGUCAUGGACUUGCAAUAUGCCUUGUGUAAGUUGUGUUCCUUACUUCAGUUUCCCAUCUGUGUAACAUGUGUAAUACUUGACAAGGCAAACAGGAAAUUUGCAAAUAAGUAGCAAUAUAAUAUGUAACCUGCCUUUUUCAAAUCCCUGCCUACAUUUUUAUUUCCUACUUUAGUUUUUUAUGACAAAAAGCAAAUAAUCUUGAAGCAUUGGGUGCCAACCAAGGCAGAAAACCAGUUCAGCUCCAAAUGCUGAUGUAUAAUAAUAAUAAUUUUUUUAGCAUAAUAAUAAUUUUCUUAGAAGAUUUGAAUGUAUCCAGAAUUUCAAAAUAAUCAUUCUAUGCACAAAAUUUGGUGGACCCUGAUGUAUUGCAGUCACAACUGUAGUUCUUUAAACAAUCACGUAGCUAGGACUAUUUUUCAGCUGGAGCUUACAGGAGCUCAGUUCUGGCAUCUUUCAGAUGGGCGCCAUUGCCAUUCUAAGAGAACAAGAAAGAAGUUCAUGGUGAGCUCUGGCACCUAUUUUCUAGAAAAAAUAGCACUGCAUGUAGCUCUGUUUUAAUAUAUCUUCCCUUCUGCCCCCUCCUAGUUUCCUGGGAAAAACUUGGGACAACCUCAUUUGAUUAAGUAAGCUAUGCAAAGUACCGUAUUUUUCGCCCCAUAGGGCGCACCUAGUUUUUUUGGGGGGGCGGGAAAUAAAGGGGGGAAAUUUCCCCCCCAGGCGCGCGGCUGGGGUGGGGGAAGCCCAAGCUUCCCCAGCCCCCAGAACAGGCAGCUCUCCGCAAGCCGUGGGAGCCUGGUAUGAAGUCACGCCGGGCUCCCGAGGGUUGCGGAGAACUGCAUGAAGCCCGGGGCGCACUCCGCUGCGCUCCCCAGGUUUCGGGCUGCAGGCUGCUGUCCGCAAGCCUUGGGAGCCCGGGGGGAACUCCCGCAGGCUCCCAAGGCUUGCGGAUAGCUUCCUGAAGCCUGGAGAGCGAGAGCGGUCGGUGCGCACUGACCCCUCUCAUUCUCCAGGCUUCAGCGAAAGCCUGCAUUCGCCCCAUAGGACACACACACAUUUCCCCUUCAUUUUUGGAGGGGAAAAAGCGCGUCCUAUAGGGCGAAAAAUACGGUAUGUGGAAAUGCUUGAUUCCUAAUGGCUUCCCAUGUGAUGUUCAGCUGUGGCAUAUACCACUUAGCAGAUGAUUAACUAGGAUGCACAUGGAUAUAUGUUUUGUAAAUUAAUCCUACAGCACAACCUUGUUCUUGUUUACUCAGAAGUGGGUCCGACCCUCAUUUUCUCUUAGCAAAUUCAGCAAUCUUACUAGCUGAGAUUUCUAUGGUUUCUUUAGAGAAGAACCUGUUGUUGUUUUCUCAGCUUCCCAGAAGCAGUUCCUCCUCUUCUGAAUACGAGGCCUUUACAGAGAUCAAUUGCAUUCCUUUUUGCAUUCCUAGUCACCGCAGCCUUGCAGGGUCUGUAUAUAUCGAAUGUAAUAUAGCUGGGCCAGAGCUCUGUGACAAGAUCUAAGUGCCUCAUUAACUCCUGUACGCUAGAACAAGAUAAAAAUGUCAUCAAGCCCCUAUCAGAUGCCUGAUAUAACCUCUAGCAAGCUGGAGUGCCAUUAGUUUAAAUUCUCAAUCAAAUGCCUUCCUUGAGCUUAAGGAGCAAUGAUUAAACGUGGAGUGUCCCCUGAGGACUCUACAGCUGUCGCGGCUUGGGGUGGGUCCCUUCUCUUACCAACCGGAGAGUCUUGAGCCAGAGGUCCCAGUGGGGCGGGCCCUCUUCAGACCUGCACGUGCCUGCCCCAGCUGUUCUCCUUUGCCUAAUGAAUUGCUUUACAGGGAGAAGCUGGGUAUUGUCAUCACAAGCUGCCUUCCCUGGGGGCUUGAGCCAGCCUCAGUAAUGACUAAUGUUAGUGAUAGUAAUUGAAGUGUGAUAGCUCUCUGGGGACUCUGCACCAUGUUUGAUGCUAGCAAGCACUUGUGGCUGGUGCAGGCCUGCGAACGGCUCAAAAGUGAUUUUUAAUUGCUCUGCUCCUGUAACUACACUUAAAAGUGGACUUAAAAUGUUUCUCAUUUUCUUGGUAAUCUGGUGGAUUUAUAUCUUUUAGAGUGAGUGGUACUGUGAAAGGUUUGCAGGACUCUACUGUCCUUGUAGUCCUAUUAUUAUUAUUAUUAUUAUUAUUAUUAUUAAUUAAAAUUUGUAUGCUGCCCUAUACCUGUAGAUCUCAGGGCAGUUCACAACAUAAAAUCACAAUAUGAAAAACAGAAAUAUACAUAAUAAAAACAAAGACAACCCAAUAAUCCCCCCCUUCCACAAAAAGUUUUCAAUUAGCGAUAAUUGCAAUAGUCCUUAGCACCCCUGUUGCUUGUCCUCAUCUGUCGGUCAAGUUGCAGUGUGUGGAGCAUACAGUAACAUGAAUCCUUCUCUUUUCUAAGUUCAGCUGAACUCUAGUGGAAAGAAGGGUCACACGCAGUGAUGGAGUUAGUUUGUUCAUUGGCAUCAGCAUAUGGGGGUAGUCCGGAUCCUUACCACCCACAAUAGGCAAAGUUUGACCAGCAGCUGGUGUCAAAGAUGUCAGGUGACAUGUUUUUGCCCGUGUGAUGAUCAGCUGAUGGUUUGGGCUUGCAACCUUUCUUUCACCCAGCCACAUCUACCUGCCCUACAACUGACAUAAUAUAGUAUAACAUUAGAUAUGGUGAAGGUGCAUGUGGCUUAGCCAAAAUGGCCUUGCGGGCCUUUUACUGGCUUUAUCUGGUUCACUAGCUAUAGCCAUUGCUGGACAGAGGUAGCCUGACCACUGUAGUCCAUGUGUUGGUAAGUUGAAGGCUGGAUUACUGCACUGUGCUCGUUGUGGGGCUACCCUUGGUCCUGGUUCAGAAACUAAAGCUAGUGCACAAUGUGGCUGUCGGGCUGCUGCUGGAGGCCUCUGGCUGACAGCAUGUGACGCUAAUAUCUGGCUACCCGUCUACUACUCAGCCAGGUUCCAGGUUCUUGUAUUAAUUUACAAAGCCCUGAACAGCUUAGGUGCAGGGUUCUUUAAGGACCACCUAAACCCUUAUAUCUCUGCUCAGUCACUGAGAUCAUCUGUAGGGUCCUCAAUGGUUCUCUCCUGAGUUGGCAUAGUCUUUGACAUCAAUACAAAAUAGAGCCUUGAGUGUCAUCAGCCCAGUCCUGUGGUAUGUUGAAGAAUUUAUUCUGUUUAAAUUUUCUUCCAUUUUAUACUAUUUUUCAGAAUUUUAUAUUCUUUUCUAAGCAGUAGUGCAGUCUCCACAGGAUCAGUUUUACUUGAAAGUUUGGCUUGUGAUAUCCUUUUCUAGAAAACCUCUGCUUCAAUGCAGACAGUUCAGAAACAGUUCUUUCCUCCUGUCCCAUUCCUGCAGCCCUGCAUUGCAUUGCACAGGGUUGGACUAGAAUUUAAUGAAUGUUUGUGGCUGUGGCAAAGCUUGCUUACAGAUCUUGGUCCACUUCAUAUGUAGCUUCCUACGGAUAUUUCUGCCUGUAGGAAGAAUGUUCAUAUGUUGAUACAUCAUUACAAAGAAUAUUGAAUAUAGUCAGCUUUAAAGAUACAAAUGUUUUGCACUUACAUAUUUCUCUGAAACAGCCUUGUUCAGCAGAUUUGUGCUGUAUCUAUUUAAUGAGAGAGAGCUCUUGGUUCCUUGGAACUUCUGUGCAAAGGCGAAUGGCGAACAUUAUAGCUACAAAGUGUGAAUUCUUAGCUGAAGUACUGACAGCAUGAGCUUUAAAUAAAGAAGUAGGAAUGUCUCAUUUUUGACGUCACAGCAAUCAAGUUCCAAAUUAAUUACUAAGAGACACUAUGGAGAAGAAAUUUUCAAUCUUUUCUGCUAAUUUUCUCAUGCUGCUCCUAGUAAUAAUCUUUCAUUGUAUAUGCAUUAUAGAUAUGCUUGGAUUUGUUAAUUGUAAUAUAAAAUUAAUGAGCACACUCAAAUAGCAAUUAGUUACAUGCAUUCUUCAGGAGGCUCAUGGCAUUUUGUUCUGCCUAGUGUACCUGAUACCUGCAUCAGCAAUCUUGACCACAUUUAUCAAGGUUUACUUGUGGGGUGGCAGCGAUAAUGAAGGGAGUGCAUUCUAUUGCUCCAGCAUGUCAACCAGAAUAAACCCCUCCUUCUUUCCUUAUAUGACCUGUACACUGUUAACAGCUACUUUCCUAUGGUUGCCAAGUUUCCUUAGCAAGGUCUCUAAAGCCCAGGUCUCAUCUGGGCUUGUGCUGUUCCUCAUUAAUAUACACGUGCAAAUUAUCUAUCCUUCACCCCCACACACAGAGCGCUACACUUUCUAUAGUUUUUGUUAAGUCAAAACCUUAUGAAAUUAUAUUUGUGGGUGUUCUUAAAGCUAAUUUAGAUGGGCAUCAUCAUAGUUCAUGUAUUGUCAAUAUAUAUUCAGGUCAAAUACAACCCAUAUAAUUAGGUUUAUAUAAGCAUGCUUUCUCAGUAUUUUGCUCUGGUUUAAGUAAAUCAAUUUUAAAAUCAAUUUCUGUUUGUACAAAUAAGACCUUUAAUGUGGUAGCCUCAGACUUGGUUGUUUUAAGCAUCGUGCCUGUUCUGAAUAACUUUCGCUGCUGUGUUCACUAAAAGUGCAUCUGCUGGCAGAAUAGGUCUUAUUUAUAUGUUGGUUCUGCAAGCUCAAAUACUUCAGAUUGGUUCCACUUAAAGCUCCCAAGAUAACUGCCAGUUAGCACUGAUGGUUACACAUUCAUCGUUUUCUGUGUAGCAUGUAGAUACCUGGGCACUGGUUGACUUCUAUUAGACCAAGCUGUUUUGAAUUCAGCAGCAACCUUUCCUAAAAUAAGGAAAGUUGCACAAAGUAUGGCACAUCUGGCAACACCAAUGCAGACAGUUCUGAAAAGUUAUUUAAAGUUCUAUGAUUUUUGACCUAUGGAAGCAUGGAUAAACAAGUGUCUGAUCAUGAUAUAAUUAUAAGAGGAGGUGGUGAUAGGAGUUUAACUCCAUAGAAGAUAUUUCUUGAGCCAGUAACCUUUCUAUAGAAAGCUGCAUUCACUGCUGGAAUUCAGUUGCUGUGCUCUGCUUUUCCCUGGGGGAUUUAAUACUUCUUCUACAUACCUUAGUAGUAUUCCCUCACCCCACGCCCAGCAAGAUCAAACCUGAAACCCUGAAGAGCUGUUGCCAGUGAAUUAUAGACAGUAGUAAGCAGGAUGGACCCAGUGGUCUUGGUAUGUGACAGUUUCCUAUGUUCCACAUGACACACAAUAUGAUUGGUGUAUUUUUAAAACUAGGGUUUCCCAAAUUUGGGUCUCCAACUUGGACUACAACUCCCAUCAUCCCUAGCUAGCAGGACCAGUGGUCAGGGAUGAUGAGAACUGUAGUCCAAAAGCAGCUAGAGACCCAAGUUUGGGAAGCCCUGUUCUAGAGGAGUCCUGUACAACAUUUUUAAAACAGUUGUACUAGCUUCACAUUCUUAAUCUGCAAGUGUGCAAACUUUUUAAAAUACUUCUUUAAAAAGAUCAUCUUUAGGAUGCAGUGAGUUUCUUAACUCAACGUAAGGAGCAAUUGCCAGCUAAUUUGUUUAUUAGAUAUUUGGGCUUAAGCAUCUAAUAAGUGUAAUAAUGCCUGGUUAGUGAUGAGUAACCUAAUGAAUCUUAUGCAAGCAGGUUCCUUAACCCUAAUCCAUUGACCAUGCUGAGGGUCACUGUUGCAGUGCAUUUCUCAGGAUGAGCCGCAUGCUGCCUGCUGCUUCCCUGUUAGAAUUCAGCCUGCCAUACCCUUAGCACCCUGUCUCCUGAAUGGAAUUCAAAAAGACACUUAGAUUUCCAUAAAUAAAUUAGGAAUUCAGUGGCUUCUUCCGGCUAAUCAGGACAGGCUGAUAAACCUUGCUAGCUGUUUAAUAAAUGAAUUGUGACUGAUUACCUAUUAAUAUGGACGCCUCAGGAAUUCACCCAGGGGGAAGCAGAGCAGUGAAAUAGAGAGGGGCAUGGCCCCCUGGGAAAUCAGGGCUUCAUGUUUGCAGCUUAAAUAUCUCUGUGAAGUAUCAAUAAGGAGGUAAUUGAAUUUUGAACACAAACAUGAGCGCCGGAUGGAUGAAGAGAAGGGGAGGGGGCUCUGAUCGUCUCUUCUAGGCCCCUUCAUUCUUCCCUCCCCUUUCCCUUGGAGACCACUCUAGUGAAGAUAGAUGCUAAAUCCAUUAAAUAAAGAUUAGACUCUGUCGUGGUAGAAAAUGGUAGCUUAGCUAGAUCCCUGGGCAAAUUGGGACCUUUAGCAAUACAGAAAAUUAAAAUAUACAUUUUUAACAAGUGUGCUAUCGACACGCUAAUAAUGGUUGCCUGUCUUGGGGGUUUGCUCACCUUUAGAUUUGCUUUUGUUAGUCUAUAGUGCUCUCCUUGUUUCUGUACUAGAUUUUUUUUGUUGUUGUUCCUUAAAGUGGUAAAACUGUAGCUUCUUCAGACUAUGAUCUGCUGUCUCCUAGAAUGAGAUCUAAAAUGUAAUAUUAGACAAGAGAUGUCUUACAUUCCCUGAAAUAGAAAGACUACCAAGAAGAUGCAGUUAAGGCAACAACAUGCAGACACAAGGAUAGAUGAAACACCCAAGAGAAAUACUGUACUUUUAUGUCUACACAAGCUCCAUAAGGACCUUGAAUCCAAGUUUUUUUUCUUUUCUAGGUUUGCCUUAGAUUGAAUCUGACUAUUAAGAGGGUGGCACUGAUACCAGUUGUUCCUGGUUUCUAGAUUGCUCUGUAGGUCAAAAAUAAUGAACUUACUAGUGAAGAGGUUUGCACAACAGUUAAAUCAGAACUCUGUGCCUCAAGAAGCAGACAAAACUUUCCCUCUGUUAAAAAACUCUCUACUCUUCAUUAUACUUGCCGUUGACUUGUUGCCAGAACUGUAGGAAGUCACCAUAUUCUAGCACCUUUUAGAUAGGAUAGUAUUAAGUUAAAGGAAGCUUCUUUAAUUUUAGGAUCUCUUCGCCGAAGGAUUACAGCAAAGUGGUCUGAGUUUAACACAACAUACACUGCGUAAGUCUUGGUUUGUUUGAACUUGUAAAAUAACUUUACACUUGUGCUAGGUAGAUGGAAAGCACCCUGAAUGCAUGAAUAUAAACAGCAAUCCAACAUAUAUAUGAAGGCUGUAGGUGUCCCCUGGGAAAAGAGAGGGGAAUGGUAGUGAACCAACUACUUCUAUAGAGAUCCCCUCUUUUCCAUAGAGAGGAUGGGAUUUGACCUAAAGCCCUUUUACAUUACUGGGAUUUUUAUCUCCAUACAAGUCAGCAUGCCAAGAAAGUCGUUCGGCACUUGAGCCUACAACAGAUUCUAGAACUGGCGUCAUUUUUCACAAUGCAACUUAUUGUACUUUUCCUUUAUUCCAUUGUAGCUCUUUAAAAUUUUCAUUUUUUGAUUGCAUCAUGAAGAGCUGAAGUGAAUUGUUUUGAGCAAGCGCUGCUGUGGUUUCCUACAGAAUAAAGCUCAGACUCAGUAAAGAUUCAAGGCAAACUUGCUUUUUCCAGAGUUGGAAAAGCCGAAGCUCACUUGUGCCACUUUGGGGUGCAACAUGCUGGAUUCUAAGCACCAAGGGAUAGAGGGAGUAUUACUUAACCAAAGCAGCGUAAUAGGAGACUUUCAUUUACUAAGAUAUAUAGAAGAGGUUGUAUAGCACAGUAGUUUCUACGAAACUGACCCCUAUACCAGGAAAUUGCCAUUCCAAAUUUGGCCUUGCCCAAAAUGCAUUAGGCAGCCUUUUGCAAGUUACUGCCUCUCACCCUUAGCAAAUAACGGGAUAAUAAUAUUGACAUGGCUGUUAGGGCUGUUGGAUAUUAUGUGAAGCGCCCUGUGGACACUCAAGUACAAUAUAAAUUCAUACUGGUAUUGAGAUGUGCAGAGUUUUCUGGAACACAUGCUAAUGGCUUCACUGAGACAAUAAAAAGAUUCUGCCAAGGAUGCUAAGGAUUUAAGUAUUUCAUCUGUGCUUGGAUUUCAGUGCUCACACAAAUCCUCCCCUCAAGCAUUUAAGUAGAAUUAAUUUACAUAAAGUUGUUUCCUACAUAUGAUCAUGAUGGUAAAGAGGGUUAAAGAGUCUUCUCCAGUGCUAUCCAAUUGCUGUCCUUCUGUUUCAAGAAUGUAAAUGUUGACUAAGUGUGAUUCAUUUUUUUAAUUUUGGGGGAAGACAGAUGCUCUCUGAUGGAUUGGCUGAAGAGUUUCUUCUGUUUAGAAUUUCUGCCAUUUUAUAUACUAUUUAUCAGAAUUUUGUACUCUUUUCCAAGCAGUAUAGUGGUACCUCUGGUUACGAACUUAAUUCGUUCCGGAGAUCUGUUCUUAAGCUGAAACCGUCCUUAUCCUGAGGCACACUUUCGCUAAUGGGGCCUCCUGCUACAUGCGCGCCUCUGGCACGCGAUUUCCAUUCACAUCCUGGGGCAAAGUUCGCAACCAGGAGCAGCUGCUUCCGGGUUAGCAGAGCUUGUAACCUGACACGUUCAUAACCAAAAGCGUUCGUAACCAGAGGUGCCACUGGCUUCAGUUUUACUUGAAAGUUUGCCUUGUGAUAUCCUUUUCUAGCAAAUCUCUGCUUCAAUGCAGAAUGUUCAGAAACAAUUCUCUCCUCCUGUUGCAUUCCUGCAGCUCUGCAUUGCAUUGCAGGGGGUGGACUAGAUAGCCCUUGGUAGCCCUUCCAACUCUACAGUUCUAUGAUUCUGAGACUUCUCAGAAGAGCCUUUCAAUAGUUGGAGAUGUUUGCUUCUUAUUUCAAUGAAAUGCCUGCUUAAUCAACCUGAAUUACUCCCAUUAAUCAGUAGGUUGAUCCCACUGAAUAGCUAGUGCUCUGAGGGAGAAGGCUAUUCUGCCCACACUGUUUAUGAGAGCUAUAAUCUAGCUGUUAGAGUAGCUGUGUUAGUAGCAUUUAAUUCAGCGAAUGUGUGCUUUUUUUUUUUAAUAAUUACAUAGGGAUUUGGCUUUUACAGUUAUUGCAGUUCUCAGGGAUGGUUGAUUAACAGAAGUAAUCAUCUAAUCUUUGGCAUUUAUGCCAGUAUAUGUUGUGUAGCAAAGUGAGGUGGUUUCUCAAAGUGUAGUGAAAUGUAUACUUUAUCAGAUGUUGCUUCAAAAUUAUGUUUGCACCUUUCUGCUUAAAGCCAACCAUAUCUCUUCAAAUUUUGUAGUCCAAGUCCACCUCUCCUCUUUAUUGGUUGCAAAUCAUGUUUGAAAACAGAUAUUGAAGCCAAUCUGGUAAGAAUGGUAGAAAAUAGCACACACAAACUCUCUCUCUCUCUCUAAUCUCAUCUCAAGGAUUUUGACACUGGUGUACUUCCUAGUGAAAGAGCAUAACUUUUCCUAAGAAAAAGUAGAAGAUAGCCAUGUUGGGCUAUAAGAAAACCCAUCUAAUUCACCAUCCCUUCACUGUGGUAAUUGCUCCUUUGGGCAUAACAUAUUUGCAGAAUCAACCACUUGUACUCUACAUGUGUUUGGAUGAUAAGGAAGCUCGGUUAUGAGUUAAGGACUUAUAACAUUUUGAAAUAACUUGGUGUUAGUCUUGAUCUUUAAUGCCCCAAACAGUUCAGGCCGUCAUGGAGAUGUUCAGGUCCCACAACUCCCCACUCCCACCCCAGUCCCACCAACUUCUGAUCUGAGACAGGAUAUUGCUGGCUCUGGUUUUAUGUGUUUGUUUCUGUUCUACUGUUUGAAAUGCAAUGGUUAGAUGUGUUUAUUUGUUUUAAUCGUUAGCCGCUUUUAUGAACCCUUUGAGACUGAAGCGCGGAAUAUAAAUAUAUGUCAAUAAAUGUUCCCCUAAAGAAGGUAUUCCGGAGCACUUAAGUAAGAAUGUGAAAUAUUUUUCCUGCAACUGUUUACGUGGCCAAAGCAAAUGCCUUUCCUACUGUGCAUGGAUUGAAAGCAGAUUUGUGCUCUCUCAACUGAACUGUAGCUAUGGCUGGUCAUCCUCUUCGCUUUUCAUUUUCUUGGAUUGGGCUGUGCUUUCUUCAGCUCUGCCGCUGGAGAUCUAAGCGAUGUCAGUAGCACAUAGCAACAUUCACCACCUGUGGCCCCUUCUGGGCAGAGGCUGCAUGUGGUUAUUCAUACUCUGAUAACCUCCCAGAUUAGGUUACUGCAACAUCUUCUACUUGGAGCUCCAUCUUUAAUUUUUAUUAUUUGUCUUUUAUCCAAGCUGUAUCUUCUUCUCUAGACAGUUCUAAUCUUCACUUUUUUCUCUGUCCUUCUACUUCUAAAGCCUUUGGCUUCAGGUGAACAUGGGUGAAGCACAAUGAAAAACCAGUGCUCUUUAAGAGUGCUUAACUCCGUUGAAUUGUGCCCUUUCAUUCUUUCACCUUGAUUUACUGCAGUAUGCUAUUCCCCAAUCUUCCCAUUUUCCAGUCUUGUUUUGCAUUCUGCUGCUCUGCUCACCUGGUUUACUCUGCAUUUUGUUUUGGCAAAGUCUCAUUGUCUUCUGGCUUCUCUCCACAGACCCCAGAACAUUCCAUGUGAAGUUUUGAUUACAAGUAUUCAUGCUCCUGCUCCUGUUUCCCCCCUCUUUGCACUCCGACUCAGUUUCUUGGCCUCAGUUUUAUGUUCCUACUUUGUAUGUUAAAGAUUUCCACUUCUGCUACUCUCCACCUUUUCUUACUUGUAGCCCUCUUCUAUGGAAUACAUGCUAUCUGAACACAAUGCAUUCCCAGGAAAUUGUUUGUUAGGUGAGCGUUCACAUAACAAGUCCACAAUUACAAUUGAUUCCUAUGGGGAAAUUUCUAAUGCAUUCCUGACCAAAGCCAUUUGACCUCAAAAUGAUGGAAAACCCCCAGGAAAACACUCAGAAAGAUUACAGUACAGUACAGAAAUAAAAUUCCAAACACUGUAACCAUUAAAAUACGAACGUGUACUGUGCUUUCCCCCCCUUCCCAUAUGGUUGUUAUUCUGUGUAUACAUGUGUACAUUUUGCCUGAGUUUCCCCAUCUUAUUUAUUAUUAUUAAAUUUGCAUACUACCCUUCAUCUGAAGAUCUCAGGGUGGUUAAUUUGCUGCCCUUUAUUAUGUUGCUUUCCCUUUUCAAAUUCUAAGUAGAUGAAAAGGAUAUUGGCCUUUUUUUGGGACAAUGUGGGUGCUAUAGAAAUAUAAUUAAAUAUUCAAGUUUUGUGAAUGUAAAAAGGAACAUAUACACAAAAUGUUCCCUUCUGUGAAAAUUGGUUGUACAAGCACAUUAUGUAAUUCUACCCUGGUUGCGUUUCUAAGAGUUCUGGAAUGGUAACUUAGAAUUGUAACAAAAAAGUAUAUAUGAAUACUGAAUGUAUAGACAAUACUGCAUGAGUUCCAGAGUUUUGCACCAAACUCCAGGCUAUUAGUAAUUUAAAACCAGAGGGAGCAUUUGCUUAGCUAGGCUAGAUUAGUUAACAAUUUAAUUGAUUCCAGGUUGCCAAAGAAUUUAGAUUCUUUUCUGAAUGUGUCCAUAUCUGAAACUAAUUCUAAUGCCAUGUGUGUUAUCCAAAGAAAUUUGGGUGUGAACCUAAUUUGAAAAGAGGUACAGCCAUAAGAUCCAUGAUGAAAAGUGCUAGCAUUAAAACAAACUGGAUGGUUGUCACAUGGAGUACAGUGUGUAUGCUAAUAAAGCUUUGGGCGAAAAUAUUGCAUGCCUAUGGUAGAUUUAGUAUGAAGUAAAGAAAUGCAUUCUGUUCUGUUGAGCAGAUUAAAACAGAAGAAGUAUCUGUUGAAACCUUUUAAAAAACAUGUUUGAAAAAACAAAAACUAGUCUUGGGUCAUGGAAUAUGAAUAAACAAGGAAACAUGCUAUAUUCCCUUGUGCUUGUGGGCCUAAGCAUCAGUUAGAUUUGAGAAAAAUAUUUAGUAGGCUGCAUUUUUGUUAUGAAAAGUUGUUGCGGGGGCAAGGAGGGAACACCCUGUUGUGCAAACAAGAAGUCCUUGCACAGGACUUCCACUGGUGGAGUUCAUUAAAUGAAUCCCAUCCCAGAUUUAAUUGAACUUUGACUUGGUUGAACGUACAGCUUUCAACCAGCUCUUUUUAGAACCCUCUAUCUGCCUUACAAUAGAACUUCUUUGCAGGGAAUCCACAGCUUUCACCACACUCACAGAGAGAAGCCCUUUGCAACUCUCCUCUAUUCUUAAUGGUUGGGAGAAUGGGUAUACAAUCCUGGCAUCCAUUGAAAUGUGGGCAUGCUUGAUGAGGUAUGUUCAGUGUAGGCUAAGCCCAUACAAAUUGCUUGUCCUGCUCAGCUCCUAUCAAUCUUGUGUGUAUUGUGAAUUUUUGAGGGGAUAUUUACUGAGACCUUUUGCAGGCCCUGCAGGAGGUACUGGUGCACGUUGGUGACCCCUAAAUACAUAUAUGUAUGUGCUUUAUGCAUCCAGUUUUGCUGAUAAUUUUUGCAGGGCAGUUAGCCACUAUAACACUCCCAUAAUACUGUGUGUGUGUGUGUGUGUGUGUGUGUGUGUAAAUUUGUUUAUAGAGAUUGGCUUUAGUGUGUAUCUUUUGAUGGGAUUUUGUCUACAUGAUUUUACUUUGCAAUAUAGGAUGUAAAUUCAGCUCAGGCUUUGAGCACUAUUAUUAAACCUUUUCAAGGAGGUCCCUCGUGGCAGCUUCAUAGAGCAGGUGGCCUGUACUGCAUAUGGGGAGUCAGGAGCCUGUGUCUUAUCAGAACAUAUAAUCUAAAAAUCGCUCAGCCUGUUUUCCUCUCCUGGGGAGAGAACGACCACACUGGACUCUUAUGCUAAAAACUAAUUAUUAACCUACAGUAAACGUCAUUCAGCACAAAUCCCAGCUGAAAGUGCCUGGGUGACGGAUGUUUCUGGGUAGCAGGCCAAGCUGUCAUUUGGCUUUUUAAUAGAUAGUCUGUUCAUUGUCCCACAGAAUUUGAAGCUUAUCUUUUUGGAUUUAACAGAAUAAGCCAAGCCUUCUUUUUUAUUUUUCUAAUAGCUGUUUAGAGGAGUGUGAAUAUUAUUAUUUUUUUAAUGUAGGUCUCAACGGAGCUCGUGGGACACUGGCUGCUUUACUCAGUUAUAGCGUGAGUGGUCCAGUGAUACCAGACAUAGAAUUAGGGUUCAUGAGAAUUUCCAUUUUCACUUUUACAUAGAAGCUAAUUUCUCACGAUUCCUAAGUUCUGUUUUAAAACCUGUAGGCAAUGUCUAUGAAAGGCUGUAUUGAUGAGGAUGCAAUUUGUGUCCUACCUGAUUACCUGUUUUCCCUCCUGAUUUCCGAUAAUUUUGACCAACAUCUUUCCUCUUGCUGCCACAUUUUCUGUGCAGAUAAAAUAAAAGUUUGCCUCUUGCCUUGCUGAGGGUAAUGCUGGUAAUGCGUAUCCUUGUGAUGGCAUCUGGGUAUCAAGUAAACCUGCCUUCCUACACUUCCUGCAACCUCCUUCCUUUUUGUAUCCUUCUCUGCCCAGGUCUGGCAGCUGCCACCACACUAGGCACACUGAGAAGGAAAAAAAGAAAGUGACGACUAUGCAUAUUACUUCUCCCCGUGUGGAUUGGUUUCUGGGUCUGUUUACAAACUGCACAAACAACUUUCAUCCCCUUGGCAAGGUCUGUCAUUUAUGUGGCUUGUAAACACUCCUCCAGGAGGCCAAAUCACAUUUGCUGAAGUAAUUAGAUAUCUGGGACUGUGUGUAUGCAACUGCAGAGGCAGUGACAACCACCCGAGGAAUUAUGUGUGUAAAGGGGGUCUUAGAAUGUGCUACAGAUGGAACUCAGCAUUGCACUCACUAGUGUUUAUCCACCCAAGCAAACACAAUGUGCUUUGAUGACCCCCAGUCUCUGGAGUUUCUCUGUCUGAGUGAGUGAAUGCACCCAGAGCAGUCAGUUGGGAAACUUUGUGGAGCUUCGGGACACUACACACUCAUUUCUCUCUUUCUCCCUUCCUUUCCUGGCAGGGAUGUGAGAGUGAUCAUGCCAGCAGCAGGAAAAGAGCCUGACUGGGUACCUAGUGACAGCUCUUUACCGCUCCAAACUGGUAGUGCAUUUGAGCUUCAAUGUUUGGUCCACAGCCACACCUACCAACCAUUCUCUGAUUGUUCCUCUGUUGCUGUAUUCAAUACAAAGAAUUUCACAAUCGGAAUGCCAGUGUUGAAAUUCAUGGAUGAUAAUUUUUAGAAACAACAACACAUAGAAUCAUAGAGUGGGAAGGAGCCCUUGGCGGUCAUCUAUUCUGCCUGGUCAUUGCGGCAUCUGCAAUACAGAAUGUGCAGCUACAACAUACCUGUCAGCUGCUGCUUAAAUACCUCCAGUGAAGGAGAGUCCACCCUUUGAAGCAGCCUGUGCCACUGCUGAACACCUCUUACCAUUAGGGAGUUUCUCCUAAUGUUCAGUUGAAAUCGGCUUCCUUGCAGUUACUACCCAUUGGCUCCAGUGGAAGUAACGCGGAAGUCUGUUCCACCUUCUGCAUGACACCCCAUCAGAUAUGAGAGCCGCAACCAUGCAGUCCCCUCUGCUUAAUCUUCACUUCUCCAAGCUAAACAUAUCCAUCUCCUUCAACCAUUAAUCAUAGGCCUUGACUUCCAUCCUGCUUACCUUCAUAUGCCACGUGUAAGAAAAUGGCUCCCUGUAUCCCAAAGUCUUCUUCCACACAUUGGGAUUUGACAGGGAGCAGAGGCAGCACACUCAUCCUCACUGCCCGCCUAUCAGGUGUUUAUGCCAGAUUUGUAACACUUGCGGAAGGUUAAAGUUGUCCCCUACUAUCCCAGCAUACUUCAACCAGCAGUGGGAGCUCUCUCACCUUUUUCUCUUUCUCUAACCAGUCAUGAUGAAAGGUGGAGACUAUGAUGAUCUACUUUGUCCUCUUUAAUAGUUUAAUAAGGGGUUGAUAACUGUGGUUAGCAUUUGGAGGGAUUCCUGCAGGGUUAAGGAUGCCACAAAGGAAAAUGUCUAUGAUUGGACUCAACUAAUCCUGCAGAGUCAAGAAAACUGGACCCAAGCAGGGGGGUUUUGUAUUAGUAAAUGUGUUGAGUGUAGGAUUAUGAUUAACAUUAUAUGGAAAGAAUGGAUAUUGGUAAUAUGAGACACCAUGUGAUAUAUUUAUGUGAUAGAAUUCUCAUUACUUUAUAGUGAUAACUGCUCAGUCUUUUGCUAUACCUGGAGGCUCUCUUUUGGUAGCUUUAAGUAAUAUUUUAUAGUUUAUUAGCCUCAUAAUUUAACUACUUGUCUUUGAUAUUGGCUGGUUUUGCAUGUGAUGCUUGUAUGUGUGCUCACACACACAGUUGGCCUUAUGCCAGAAUAAAUAUUUUAAGCUGCUUGGUUCCUACUUUUUCUCCUUUUCCUGAAACCACAGGGCAGACAUAACCAGCAGUGGGAGAACUGAACUGUAUAAACUACAAUUAGAAUUGCAGCGCACAGGUGGUUGAAGCUUCUAUACAAUUGCCAAGCUAUUUUGUUUUCUCAAAUGAGAGGGUAUUUAAGGAAAAAGCGGGCUGAAAAUGUUGCUUUCUCAUUCAAAUUCUUCCAGGCAAUGUAUUCUAUUGAUGCCAUUUGAAGCCACAGCAAUAAACCAUUUAAAGCUAUCCUACAGUGUUGCUGAGAAAUGAAUAUAUAACCUGAUUCAGUUAGCAGUUCAUUUAUUGAUUUAGAUUAGUGUAUUGGGAAUAACUGUGCCCUUCAAAAGAAGCUUUCCUUUGAUCACAGCUGGAUUUGGCACUUGGAGCCUCAGAACAAGGCCACCAGUAACAAGCAAGUUUAAAAUAAAAAGAUGGUUUUAGUGUCACAGUUAAGUACUGUUUCUGCAGUGGGAGUCUAAGACUUCACUAGGGAGACAGGCACCCCAUCUCUAUGCUAUUCAAAUACAAAGAACUAUUGCAAUGAAAGACUGGAAUAGCCACCUCAUAGCAUGUAAUGUAUCUGAAGGUUUGGUGAUCACUCCAUUUUGCAAUUUAAUAGAUAAGAAACCCCCUCCCCUCGCACCCUGUAUAUCUACAUGCUCUACUAUGUCAGAUCUGCAUUCUUGGGAUGUAAGGUUCCAUUAAAAAAUAAAUAAUAAUCACAGCCCCCGCUCUCCCCCUUCGCCACACUCAUUUUCUAUAAUAUGGUAAUGAUAUCACCGUAGCAGUAAUUACGGGUCAUCUUCAUUUCUUUCAUCUCUGCUGGUUCUGAUGGCUUCAUUCCUUUGACGGAGAAGAUUUGGCUCUGGGUACUGUGAUUAUUUUGUUAAGCAUUAUUCGAAUAGACAGGAGUGAGAGAAAUUAAUCAAUCCAAAUGCAAUUAGCAUCAUGUUUAACCCAGUGAUGGACGUCUCAAGGUGAAACAGCCAAGGGAGUUUCAGUCAUUAUUAUUCAAUCCAGUGGCUCUUAUCUAAAUUAUAAUCAAGAGCGGUUUUAUUGGCUUCAAGGCGAGGAGAUGUAACUCUUUCCCUACACUUAGUGUCAUGGAGAUCAUGGGUCAAGGAGGUCAAGCUGGCUGCUGUCAGUUUCUUGGAAGUGGGAGGUGCUCCCAAUACAUUCAUCUUCAUAUUUAGGUUGGUUGAAACAAAAUAGCACUUAGUGAAUUUGAUACUGGUAGUUUUAUGUUCUUGGCUUUUACCUUGAUUGUGUUUAGUAGGUGCAACAGCACAGCCUAUUCCUACGCAGUCUACUGAAGCCGAUGGUGGUCCAAUCUGCUUUGAGUACCAUAAGAGUUUUUAUUCCCUUCUUGUAAAGGGGCCAGAAAAAGAAAAUCCCUGAAGGAGAACCUAUUACAAUAGAGAAAUUCCUUUGAAAUUCUGAACAUCUUUUCAGGUAGUCCAAAUCCAUCCAUGCAGCAGGGGAAGAGAAGGCAAAAUCACAUUAUGCAAGUAGAAUGUCCACUUGCGCAUGGACAGUUUUGGAUACAGCCCAUUGUUAAGUCACAGUAUUUCACGAUCAAGAUUUGAAAUACGUAGAGCAAAUAUUACCAGCACAAUCAGCUUCUCUUCAUCACUUAGAAGUCCAGUGCUAUAAAUAACAUGUUCCAGAUAUGACUCUUAUUUAUUUAUUUAUUUAUUUAUUAGAUUCGUAUACCCCUCUUCAUUGAAAGAUCUCAGGGCAGUUCACAAGAUAAAAGCACAAAUAAAUAGUUAGAACAGAAAGAACCAGGCCUUUUUUGUUUCAGCCAGAACUCUCUGGAACUCAGUUCUGGCACCUCUUAUGAGGGUGCCAUUGCCAUUGUGAGAGAACAAGGGUGAGUUCCAGAACCUCUUUUUCUAGAAAAAUAGCACUGGCAACAACCAAACAAUAUAUUUGAUACGUGAACACUGUAUUCUGGAACUAGAAAGUAAAAUUAUAGAUCUGCAAUGAUGAAGUGAAGCCAGUAUAUGUAAACAACAUUCCAUCCAUGAAUGGAAGGUUGUAUAGAACCGCAGAACAGCGCCCACAAUUAUAUUUUAAUCUCCAUGUCUGCAUUCAGUUUCUUUGGCAUAAGUUGCAUGUUUCAACUACUAUUCGUUCUGCCCUUAACAAACUUACAGGGCAAGGCUCUUACGAACACAGAACUCUUCACUUAAGGUCCCUUAACAUGCAAUUUCGAUGCUAAUGGACUGUGAUUUUACAUAUAAGUCCGCUUGCAAAGCCAUGUUUCUUAUAACAUGGUGAACAUAGCACAUCAGUGAAAAGCAGUUGAGAAGUUAGAAGUAUUUUAUAGAGCUGCCCUUAGUUACAGCUGUGAACUGUGUAUAAGAGGGCAUAAAAUGGCAUUGGCGGUGUUGAUUGUUGCUAAUUGCAUCAAGGAGGCUACCUUAUACCAAGUUAGUCCAUUGGUCUGUCUUGCUCGGUGCUGUCUACUCUUAACUGGCAGCAGCUCUCCUGGGGUUUCAGGAUACCAGGGAUUGAACCCAGAACCUUCCUUCUGCAAAACAGCUAUUCUGCCACUGAGCUAUGGUCCUUCCCUUAAAUGAAAUGCAGAUUGUUCUAUCUGAACACGUUGGGCAUCUUUAUGCAAAAACAAGCCAUCUCCCCUUUCCCAUUAAGGAUCCUUCAGAGUGAUAGCUGCUUACAUAAAUGUAAGUCACUGGUUUCAUUGGUUUUAUCAUAGUAAAUCCCCCAUUAUUUCCUGACUAUCCAGAGCUUAUGACACAGUGCAGCACAGAGAUACUAUAUGCAUGAGAAUGCCCUUUAUGAGAUGUUGGGGACCAAUGAGCCCCAAUCUCCAGCAGAGGGUUCUUUUCUAAUUAAAUUGCCAUUGGAAGGAACAUCCUAGCUGCAGUUUCCACUUUGGACCGAAGGCCAAACAUUAUGAGUCUUUGUCAUUUGAUUAAAAAUGUUACUUAACCUUUAAAUUGCUACAGAUGUAAAGAUAGCCCUGAGUUUCUAAUGUAAUCUCCUCAAAGUUAAAAUCGGGAAAAUCUUUGUGUAAUGAAACCCAUAUGUCAUAGUGAAAGGAUGCAAAGCGCUGGCAGAGUGGGCUGCUCUCGCAGGAGAUUCUGCACCCAAUCUUGUUAACCAGGGCUGCUUUUGGUAAUCCCUCAUCUCCUCACUUGCAAGAAAUCAAUCUGUACUACUGAAUCGCUUCAACCAACAGCCACAAAAUUUACUGCGGGAGGCAGUUUGGGGACAGUUGUAGUGCGAAGGGAGACCAAGGCAACAAGGCUAAAUACAGGAUUGAGGGAUUGAAGUUCCAAAGAGGAGAUUAUAUUAAACUGUGCUCCACCCUCCUUAGCAACUGGGAAAUUAAGCUUCCGUUUUUGGAUUCGGCCUCUUCUGUCCACUACCUGGUUUGAGAUCCAUCUAUUCUAAGGCAGAAAAUUUAAUUCCUGGUUCAAGAGCUUCUGUUAUUUAUAGCAACCCAAUGGCUGUUUCCUAGGUAGUCCCAGGAAAGGGCGGAUUUGUUGAAAUACUCAGCUUUAUUGUAACCUAGGCCGAUUACAUCCUAAAUUGUUGUUUUCUGUGGUCUUUAGUGCCCCCACUUCCCCAUCUAACUGAGGAGAUUAAUUUGUAAUCGAGCUAUUGCAGUUGUAUCCAUUGUUGGUUUUCUAUUGUAGUGAUAGAGAGAGUAAAUUUUGCCUGGAUAGGGCAAUUUAUGCUUCUCUUUCAUGCUUUGGUUUUUUGCUGGAAUGAUAAAAAAUUGUAUGAUGCCCCACCUCCAGUAGGCAAGUCCCUUGGAUUAAGUAUAUUUUUAAAAAUAUUCCAAUGUAAUCUAGUACAAUUUUGUUUAUCUGUUUUAUUUGAAAACGUACCUCUACUACGUAACUGGCUUCCCUUGUUCCCAUGGGUAGUCAGUAGCGACAGCUAAUACUGUAAGUUUCCCUGACAACAAUUGCAUUUAGGAUGUUGACUGCACUUUCUUCUCUUCCUUGUUUCUCAACCAAAAUAAGCAUGUCUGGAAUUAGAUUUUUAAUGAGGUGGGGGGAAAUGUUGAACUGGACCAACGCUAAACAAAAAGAACCAUUUAGCAUAAGAAACAUUUUUGGGUUUCCUUCCCAAAGUGGGGUAAACUACAGGGAAGGGGGCAACCCAGAGGGAAGAGUGCCCAAAAUAUUGGGAAAGAGCACUAUCUGGUCUGAAUUUGCCUAUUACCAGAAAUAUACUGUGAGGGAAGGAGUGCGUGUCUGGGUAGAUCAGCUGCUAGACAAACAGCACACCCAAAGAAAGUAGCAAAAUGCAGAAACUUCUCUGCAUAAUUUGGAUGGCCCUUGCUUAUUUGAUGGCUAUAAGGACCUUACCUUAGUUUUGUAUUAUAGCUUUUAAAAUUUAAAGCCUAGUUGACUCCUAAGUGUGUAUUGAGAAGAGGAAUACAGAAUAGCAGAAGGCUGUCUCCUGCUCCUAAUGGGAUUUCGUAGCAGCAUGUGCGAGUUUGUUUCAGAAGUCAGAAAUGAACAGAUGUUGGUAUAAAUUACCUCUGUGUCUGAUGUCUUGCAAAUUAAAAGCGCGGUUGGCAUCACUAAACAAUUUCACCAGGUGGGGGGGGGGGAGGGCGAGCCGGGUGGUGAUUAUUGUAGCAGGUCGGUAAGAAUCUUUAAGCUGCGGCAGAGCAGGAUAGCAAGGAUAAAGGAAUGAAGAAUAAAAUGAGAGGUCUGUGAAUUAAUCAGAAAUGUUAACAUCUCCGAUGACAAGCGAACAGGAGGGCACGUGCUCAGGAGCAGCCCCCAACUCACAGUAAUUUCACUUGGAGCGCAGAACUAGUCAGUGCUCGCAGCCUGAUUUAUAGGGUGCAGCCCUCUUCAGGGGCGCCUAGUUGUCACACAUUCGUAUAUCUCCUAUAUGGGACUGGGGCUGUGGAAAACUUCCACUCCAUCAGUUGAUAAUGCUGCAGUUUGACAUUACUCGAGCAAGAGCAGGGCAUGAGAUUUAAUUCAAAGCCAACUUUCUUGAACCUCAAACUUCCAGUGAUGAUGUUUUUAAGUUAUUAGGGUUUAUCCCCUUUAUACAAAUUAGAAAAGAAAAGGCCCCCCUCCCGGAGCGUCUCACUGCACUUUUUAAGUCUCGGAACUUCACGUAUAUGGUGUAAUCGUGGCAAAAUUUGAAAUAGGAAAUGAUAGUCUUCAGGUUACAAAGCAAGGUGCAAUAUAGUUGAAUGUUUUUCUGCGAUUAAAUGUCGGUUGAGCGAAUAUGGUUUCAUGUUUUCUAUUUCUGUGUGCAUUGUGGUUAUGUGCCUGCUUCAGGGCCCCUCAACACCACCAACAUCACUUUGGCACAUUUAAUAAGUAUUUGGAUGGUGCAGUAAAGUUGGGUCUCUGAUGUGGGAAAACAAUCACAUGGCCAUUUUUUAAUCAAUAUUCACUCAACCUGCACCUUCCUUAAUUACAGUCCUGUGAACUGGACCUGACUUAAGGGUAUUAUUAUAUACAUGUUCUAGAUCAGUAGUGGAGAACCUCUGACCCACAGAAGUGUCAUCUGCCCUACACCUGAUGUCAGUUGUAAGUAAAGAUGCUUCUAAGUGAAAGGGAAUUUACAAGCCCCAUUGGUUAUUUGAGCCCCUUUUAAAGCCAUCUAAGUUAGCGAGUAGCUUAGUUUAACGGUCAAGUGUUUGAAGGAGUGCUUCCUUCUGUUUGUACAAAAUUGUACACAAUAUUGAAGUGUGGUUGCAGCUUAGAUUUGUAUAAUAACACUUCAGUAUUAGCAGUUUUAUUUUCAGUCUUAUGACAUGGAGUUUUCACAGCUGCCAUAGAUUGAACCAAUGUUUUCACUAAGCUGUCCACCACAACCCCAAGAUGCCACAUUGAAUUGAUGCAAUAAUACAAGAAACUCCCCACUUGUGUGUGAUCUACUUGCGCACAACCCCAGCACCAGGAACCCAGAAGAGGCAGGUGGGUCGUGAGAAGACCCUCAGAGCAAGAAGAAGACAUCCUUUUUGAGCUCUGGGGAGGAUCUCCUUGCAAGCUAUGAGGUCUCCCUAGGGUGUUCCCCACUUAAACGCAUUUCACUUAUGUUCGCAGGGGCCCAGAAUGUAACCCCCACAUAAGUGGAGAGUUGCCUGUUCUGCCCUUGCAGCCAAACCCUCCACUCUCAAGAUUGGGUUGUCUGGCCUUCAUAGUAAAGGAUCCCACAGGGAAUUUUGAUGCCCAGGAGUCUUUGCAAUAUAUUAGCCCUCUGUCUGCAAAUAACCUAUCCACCACAAUGAAUGGGCAAUUUACUUAAUACUUAAGAAUGGGGAGACAGCAUGCAAGGGAAAGUGUUUGUGUAUUUUCUCUUUGAAAUUUUGGUCUUUGGGACACCUGCAGCUAAAACCUUGGAACUCCAAGUCAGAAAUGUUUCUGGAGGAAAGUAGCUGUGUAAAAGCUCUGUGGUGCUUUUCACAGAGAUUGAUGACACACAGGGAAGCAUAUAUAUACUUUGCCUUGCUGUAUUAAGCACUCAGGGACUGACAAUACAGCGUGAGAGGGUAGAGCACAGCUCUGUAAACUCUACUUUAACACACCAUCCAUAGAUGAACUACUUUGAGGGAAUAUAAACUCCAUUUACGUUAUAGCAUCCAGGGACUAUCACUGCCAAGGGAGAGUGGAAGUGCUGUCUCAUUUAUGUUUAAGAUCAUAAGCAGCCAGGGACAAGUAAUCUUGAAAUGGAGGGAGACAGAGGUCCAUAAUCUCUGAAGGGUUAUAGCAUCCAGGAAGAGAUGCCCUGAGGAGGAGCAAUAGCGCUCUAGAUUAUACUAUUCAUAGAUGGAUAUAGCAGGAAAACUGAAAGGGGGAACCUGAAGCCGCAGAGGAAAUAAAGGAAGUGGGUGUAGUAAGAAAUGAGACAGCUUGUGAGUAUUACAGCUGAGCUUUGACGUUUUCAGUGCUUGGCCUGCAAUUCCAGACUGCUAGGAACUCAGAACCGCAGCACAGAUUUAUUUCUUCACUUUAUAUCUUUUUUGCUACCUCUUGGCACCAGAAAGCCAUUUUAAAUGAAUUUCACAAGUGGGGUUAAAUAUUGUAAAUUACCCAGCUCUACUUGUUUUAUGUUAAGCCUUUUUUUCUUUCUUUCUUGUGAUUUCAGCAAGAGAAAUGACUCGAGGGAAAUUUCUGAACAUCCUGGAAAAACCCAAAAAGUAGCUGAAUAUGGAGUUUGGAAAGAAAUACACCUGGCUGCUGGAAGACGACCAGAAUUUCCCCAAAUGCCUGAUGCUUACAGAAAUGCUCUCUUGCCUCACCUCUUUUCUGAAGAGACACAUCCAGGUCAUUUUGGCAACAGUUCCCCAGCAGAACAAUUUGACCUGCCUGCCUCUUUACUACCCCUACACGUUUUGCUAGAAUAAUUUUAUGCCAGUUGUGUCAAAAUGGAUACAUUCAUUCAUUCAUCCAUCCGUAAUUGUCAGCAGCAUAUUUUUUAAAAUAAAAGCAGGGUUGCUUUUUAUUAUCUGGUUCUGUGGCACAGGCCUGUACAUCACUUGGCAUAUACAAGUAUAUGUCUGCAUGCACGUGCAUGUAGUCCCUCUUUUCCUUUUGGGACAAGAACGCAACAUGAAUAAUGCCACAUGGAAGAAGCCACCACAAGUGUGGUCCUGCAUGAAAACUAAUUUUUAUUUAUUUAUUUUUUACAUUUUGGCUAAUCUCAAGACUGCAAAACAUGUUUGAUUUCCUUCCAAGUUAGCUGUAUGUAUUGGCCACAAACAUCGCAGAUAAGACGAUGCGGUUUCUCUUUCCAAAGCUCACAUAGCCUCAGGUGCUGAGUGGGAUUGGGAGCCACAUGCCAACAUGUAAUAUGAAUUAAUGGAUGUAUGUUUGUUUGAAUAUAUAUUUGUCUUUUAGGGUGGGAAACGUGGAAGGGGCCUUUCUAAAUAAUGAAAGAAAAUAUCCUCCAAUCGUUAAUACCCAGAAGAUGGUUCUUCAAAAUUGGUUUCUCUUACAAAGAAACAUAUUGGAGAGAUGUCAUUAUUGUAUCACUUGAAUCACAUCUCCCCCACCCACCCACAAGCAAUAAAUUGCUUGUCCACAAGAUGCAUGGUUAGGAUAUUGUAUUAUGAAGUUGCUAGUUAAACAUUUGAGGAUAAUCCAGCCAGAAGCAAGCAGUUUUAAGUCCCAUGCAUCUCAGCGGGGAGAUUGAACCUCUCUCAUUCUGAAAUAAGUGGGAUUCAAGAGAGCUUAACUUUGGGUGUGGCCUGAAUAUUCUACUGAAAACACUAUAUAGAUUUCACUUUUCCCCAGGGCAGAACAAAGCAUUUACGUUGUGGGCACUGGAUAUACACUGAAAUAUUUCAGAACAGAGACCUUAGAGUGUCCUUUUCAAUUUGCAGGGUAAGCUUGGAGCUGUACGAAUAAACUAUAAUCAACUAACUAUAUAUAUGCAACUUCACAUGAUCCUGCAAGCAAUUCUGUGUCAAGGCACUUUGUACAGUACACAAGUGAGAGGUCUCUGUUGCAGCGCACCUGCCAGUUUCAGCUGUAAAUCCUUGGGUAUCUUCCUAUCCAAUAACAAGAGGGACUUUUCAAAGCAUAAGAAGUUUAGCAAAGUCUUCACUUGUUUAAGUAAUGGUCACAUAUGGUCACAAUAUGCAUGACUGGGGCUCAAAUAUGAGGUUGCAUUGCUGUGGGAGCAAACCUGCAUAUAAUGGUGAACACUGAGAUUGGAAGCAAGAGAAACUGUGGUGUUGGCCAGAGAAAUGAUGAUGAAAUGUUUUUCAUGUUGACCUAAAGUUUAUAUUUGUUUAGGAAUAUUGAAAUUCUUGCAUCUAUUUUAUAUAUUUGUAGCUUUUCAUAUGUAUAUAGUAAACAUCACAAAAUGGGUUUUUGUGUACACGUUGAAGUUACGUUGGGACAGAGAGUUCUGAACUGACCCAUUGAAAGCAAUGGGAUGUGAAAGUGUUUAGCUCCAGUUUCCUCAUGCUCUGUAUAUUUGUUUUUAUUGUGAAGGUUCUUGAAACACAUUUUUGAGGCUGUGAAACUGAAAAGUUUAGGCAACACCUAGAGUAACUUCACAUUACCAGCCUAGUCAUGAAUCACCAUUUUUAAAAUUAGUUGUUAAAAAGCAUUUCUUUUUUAUUCUGGAAACUUUUAUCCUUCAUAGAUAAGGCAGUAAUCUGUAUAUGCCCUAGUGUUGGGAUAUUUAUAUAUUUAUAUUUUUCAGUCUUGGAUAUGAUGGGAAUGUAUUUUUAUAAAUAGUAGUAAUACUUGAUCGGGUUGUCCUGAACAAAUAACCUGUAUGGUAUAGCUCCAUGUUCUUAAAAUAAAUAAAGAUUAAACAAUGCAUUUUCAAAAGCAUGUGAAAUAAG